CUAAAGUCAGAUCUCUAAACCCAUAAGAGACCUAACAGAAUGUUCCCAAUAUUUCUAAGGUAUCGCAUCGUAGUUAUGAAAUUUCCCACAGCCCUGGAAUGCAGCAGGAUGCGUCCAGUCAGCGCGAGCCUCAGCCGUUAGUAGUAAGGACUAUGUAAAGAUGGCGGAGCUACAGAUGCUGCUGGAGGAGGAAAUUCCUGCGGGACGGAGAGCGUUACUGGACAGUUUUACCAACCUGGAAAGAGUCGCGGAAUACUGCGAAAGCAACUAUGUCCAGUCUGCAGACAAAGAACGAGCGCUGGAGGAGACGAAGAGCUACACCACUCAGUCUCUGGCCAGUGUCGCCUACCUUAUCAACACCCUGGCCAACAAUGUGCUGCAGAUGCUCGACAUCCAGGCCUCACAACUCCGCCGCAUGGAAAGCUCUGUCAAUCAUAUCUCACAGACAGUCGACAUCCACAAGGAGAAGGUGGCAAGGCGUGAGAUUGGCAUCCUGACUACCAACAAAAACACAUCUCGCUCCCAUAAGAUUAUUGCUCCAGCCAAUCUGGAGAGGCCGGUGCGCUACAUCAGGAAGCCCAUCGACUACAGCGUGCUGGACGACACUGGGCAUGGAGUCAAGUGGUUGAUGAGGUUCAAGGUAAAUGGCCAGCAGAGCAUGAAACUAGGAGGAGGUCUGUCCCGGUCCAAUCCCCCCACUCAGAAACCGCCCAGCCCUCCAAGGGCAGGCAAAGGAAUUUUAGGGCACAAGAACUCCCCCUACAGGACACUAGAGCCGGUACGCCCCCCAGUGGUGCCCAACGAUUACGCCUCCAGCCCGACGAGAAACAAUACAGGUGCUGGACAGCUUCCAAGUCCGGUCCGCACCGCCACCCUGAACCAACGACCCCGAACGUACAGUGGUAGCAGUGGAGGCAGCCAUCCCAGCAGCAGCAGUCGGAGCAGCAGCCGGGAGAACAGCGGCAGCGGCAGCGUGGGCGUUCCCAUCGCCGUGCCGACUCCCUCGCCCCCCUCCACGUUCCCAGUCUCCCCAACUGCUGGACCAUCUAGCUCUUGCUCCACAGCUCCAAACUCCUCCCCCUCUCCCUCGCCGACUCCUUCUUCUUUCUCCUCUUCCUCCUCCACCACAACUUUAACCCAACCUAAUGCACCUCUGCCACCAAACUCACCCUCACACCAAGCGGAGUCAUCUCCUCACACAAGCUCACAAACAAAUGUACCGAACACCAACACCUCCCCACCUUCUAACCCUUCUCCCAGCACGUCCGACAUCCAGUCACAGCUGUCUUCUCUCCCUCCUCCUGUUCCUCCUCCUUCACUCUCCUCCUCCUCAUCACCUGCUGAAGGUCCCAUCGUCCCUCAGUUCUACAGCAUGAACCGGCCUCAGCCUCGACAGCAGAACCCACAGGUGGGUGGGUCACUUCCAUACCGCCGACCCCCUUCUGUGACUGGUCAGCCAAUAGCUACGCACAACCACGUCAAUGGAGGACCCUACUACAACCAGAGCCCAGCCUCCCCUCCACCCCCAUCGCUCCUGCAGUUCACCCCUCAGCUGCCUCUAAUGGGUUUUGUUGCUCGUGUUCAAGAAUCUAUUACAGACACUCCUCCUCAACCAUCAGCAGAGACCCAUUCAGGGCCCGAAGACUCUCUGUCAACUCCAAAACCUUCAGAGGAUGGGCACACUGAGGAAGACUCUAAAGUAGUGGAGUACAGCGAUCCGUAUGCUGAAGAGGACCCACCAUGGGCCCCCAGAAGCUACUUGGAGAAAGUGGUGGCUGUAUAUGAUUACACAGCAGACAAGGAGGAUGAGCUGUCCUUCCAGGAAGGAGCAAUCAUUUAUGUUGUGAAAAAGAAUGAGGACGGGUGGUAUGAAGGAGUGAUGAACGCCACCACCGGCCUCUUCCCUGGGAACUACGUGGAGUCCAUCAUGCACUACGCUGACUGAGGAAAACCCCCCGUGUCUCACUCACAGAUGGAGUUCAUUCAAUCUGCAGUUCAGUUUCUUUGGUCUGAACUUGAACUAUAAAGAUGACUUUGUUCUACUUUUAUAUUUUCCUUCUUUGGGUUCACACAAACCUCUCACAAGCAAGGAAGUGCUCAUUUUAGUGGAAUAUUAGGAUUAUUUAUUAAACUGGCGGUCUAUGAAGCCUUAUAUGUAGAUUUUUAAUCUCCCAGAUUAUCUCCAGAACAGUCUGUGCACUUCAUUUACCUUGUUGAGAGCCGAGUGGAUUUCAGGUGAUUUGGAGUCUGUCAACUACAUGAGGCUUUAAAUCAUUUUACUAAUCAAUAAAUAACUUUUAGCUGUGAAUAAACCCAUUUAUCAGAAUGUUGUAAUUCAUUAUUUCUGGUUUAAGUGGUGGAAGUAAUAUUUUGGUGCUACAGACACCAACCCUUUGGUUACAGACAUGAGAGUGUUUCCAGGAAGCCCUUCAUCUCUUGUACAGCAAUAAGAAACAGAGGUUUAAUGGUAGAGGAUGCUAGUGUGGAAAUGCUCCUGAGGGUGUUUUGUUUGUCUUUACCACAACUACAGCUGGCUGUUAUAACAGGUAAUCUCAUAUAUCAGUUCAGGAUCAUGACAUGGUAAAAGUAUUCAUGACCUUUUUCACAUUUUCUCACAGUACAACCAGAUAUUUUAUUGUAUUUUAUUGAGAUUUUACUUGAUAGACAAACAAAACAUGAUAACAAGAGAAGAUAACAUGAUAACAUUUGCAUUCAGCUACUCAGAGUCCAUUAUUUGUAGAACCACUUUUUACAUUUAUUACAGCAGCAAUCUUGUUGGGAUGUCUCUGCCAGCUGUGCACAACUCCAGGAGAACCAUUUAAUAUUUGGGACCAUCAACCUGGACCAUCUUCUCUGCCAUGGAGACAGGGAGUUCUCAUUGAGAUGUUCCCAGCUUGUUUAAAAUCUAUCCCUGCCUUAAACGUCAACACAACGUUCUGCUGUGUUCCUUGGUCUUCAAGGUGCUGUUUCUUUACCGAUGUUGUCACUAUUAAUGUUCGCCUCAUCAGUUGUUUAAAAAACAAAAAGAGCACUAAAUCUGAAACAAUGCCACGUUUUUUAGAUUUUCAGUUGUUAAAUUUAUUGAAAUCUAUCAUUUUUCUUUUACCUUACAUUCAAGUCUACCUGGUGUUGGUCAGAUAAAAUCCUAAUAAAACACGUAGACGUUUGUGGUAGUAACAUGAAAAAAUGUAAAAUAUACUGUACUAAUGUUGUAUUAGUUAAACAAUGUGUUUUUAUUUAGAGAUUUGUUUGAUAAAAUCCAGAAUUUAUGUUGAAAGCAAUGACAGCCGAGGCUGUAAAAGAUUUAAAAAAAAUGUCCCCGCCUUCUGCUCUUUAUUACUGUUGAAUUACCUUGGUUCAUUGUUCCAGUUAUAUUUAGGCCUGAACGUAAAAGUAAGCAUCUAUGAAGACGGUAAAGCUUUAGUCUACUGAGACUAAAACAGCAGAGCUGCAGUAUUUAUUGGACCUUUUGAAGGUGUGUGAAGAACUUCGCUAGUGUUCCUGUUUAGUCUGUGUCUGUUUUAUGUUUCCUCUGUAUUAACUUUGUAAUGGAACUUUUUGAUUUAUUUGCUGUGUUUUUACAUUUCACCAUGAGGGCAGUAAGUGCCAAAGGAGAACCAUGUGUGUUGGAACGUUUCAGAGGGAAAUCAGAUAUUUAAUGUUGGCAACGUGACCUUCACAGGGCUUGGUCUGCUUCUGAAAGUGUUUUUCUGUUCAGUUAAUAUUAAUAUUAGUAAGAUUUCACUAAGUGAGCCAGUGAAUUUGAACACAGAAUAAAUGAUUCUGCAAAACAAAUUUAAAUGAAUGUAAUCCUGUCAUUUCCCCUUAACAUUAUAGCUUAAAUGAAAACUUGAAUUGAACCGUGAUUCCCACUAAGUUUCACCACAGCAUCAGCUGAUAAAUCAACAGAUAAACCAGAGAACAAAACGAGUUGCUCCUGUUGCUGCAGGAAGCGCUUUGAGUAAUGAGCUGCCGGACGGGUAAAAGGUACUGUACAGGUCCAGAGUUUAGGCUGCCAGAGCUUCACCUUUUCAGCACUUUUAACGUGUCACACAUUACAAACCGACCCAAGAUUAGGCAGCAUAGCACUUAAACAUUAAAAUACUCAAAGCAGGGAAAGUUUGUGAUUGAUUUCAUUUCCCCUAGCAUGGUUUAAUCAGUGACCUUUCUGCAGGACCAGCUCCCUCUCUAUCCUUUUAAAAAGUGCAGAAAGUAAACUUCUUAUUUCCAAGAAGCAUCAACAAAAGCUGUGAGCCCAGGUUACAAUUUGCCCUCAAGCUAAUAGUAAAAAGCAUCAGAAAACAGAACCUUUCUGCGUGUUUUUAUGAACUCUGAGCCUUUCUGUCUUUGUGGUUUUGUUCUCCAAUCAUGUUGUAGCGAGGUGAACCUGACCCAUUUGCCAGUUGGAGAUUCUGAACCUGUUACCAGUUUUAACGUUUACAGUGUGCUUGUCUGCAUGCCUGAUAUAUCACUGACACAUGUAUUUUUUCAUAACAUUUAUCUUUAUACUGUAUUUUUUACUGUUUUAUCACCUUGUUUUACUGUCUGAUUCUUGGGCAGUUUUCUGUUCUGUUGUCAUGCAGGCCCUUUAGCAGAGGUCUGGAGGGUUUGGACUUAUUCUGUGCCAAAUGUGUGUGAUGUGAUGUGAAUGCAGAUAUCUAUGUGUGAAUCAGAACCAACCGUGUGAAUAUGGACCUUUAAAACUAUAUCUGUGUUUUAAUGAUUCUUUUCUUUUUAAAAAGAAAAAUCCAUGCAAAAUUCAAUAGGAGCUCAUUUUAGUCUUCUGAUCUUCACACCAUCUUGGCUACUCUGGAUUUUACUUCACCUGCAGCAUCCCUUUAAAGAAAAAUGCAGGCGGAGAGAUGAGCUGUAAUAAUCAUAUUUUAGCUUCCGGGCUUUUUUUUGAAUAAAUGCUAAAUAUUUUUUGUAUUUGAAAAAAAGUUUAAUUUCUUUGUGAUUGAAGCUUUUUUGAGAAAAGAAUUUCUGAUGUGAACUCACUUUUUGCGGUAGAUUGAAUUUGGACCGCGAGAAGAUCUUUCAACUGAAAUAUUUUGCUUCAGUCUAACUUUAGAAACUAUUAUGUCUUCGUUCCUUGUUUUGUUUCAGGUGUUCCUUUAAUACCUGUUCUGUGGUGUUCCCUCUGUGUGCUGCAUCUUCCUAGUGGAACAUGUUCUUCAGAUUUCAAAACGAAAUCAUAACUCUGAGCACAUUGUUGUUUUGUAAGACAGAAGAAAAGGGAAAUUACUAAUAAAUGUUUUAACAUCC